AUGAUAACUGCGUAUUUAAGCAGGUUUAAGUUUAGUAUCGAAUAUUUUGUGUACGGUGAUUUUUGUAAUAGGAGCAAUUUAUUUAUUUCAAAUAAAAAGUUAAAUAAGUAUAAUUAAAAUGUCGAGAGACCUUCGUAACACAAUUCCAUUUAUAGAUUGGAUUCGAACUAUUUGUCGGGGUAGAGAGCGUGUAGACAGUUUAAGAUUCUCAGAUGCUAUUGCUGCACGUACACAACCACCUCCGCAUGUACCUGGCGGGCCACAUCAUAAAAUUUCAAACGUAUAUUAUUACUCUCGUGAUGUCAGACGUUCUAUACAACCGCCAUCUGAGAUAUAUACAGAAGGCCAGAUAGAAGCAGGGAAAGUUGAUACGACUCAAAUAAAAUUAAAUCCAUUAAAUAAACAGCUGCUAAGACAAGAAUAAAUGCAGUAAAAUAAAUAUUAGUUAUACUUUGAUUGUAAUAUAUAAUAAAUACAGUUAACUUAAAUAGAA